AUGGAUGACGCUGCCAGCUUUCUUCUCUUGCUUCCUNNCCCCCCUCCAUCACCUGCAACUAUUCCUGCCCUCAAAGAAUUAUAUGGCGAUACCCUUACCCAAGUUCUGAAAGAGGCUGAUUUGGCCUCCAAAGAAUCAGUUCAACCCUCAAUCCUUGACAUUGCACUGGCUAUACCCCACUUGACUGCACAGGCCUCUCUUCCCCGUGCAGAGCUCUAUGCGCCCACCCAGACUAUUCUUGCUGCCGUCUACAAACUCAUCUGUCUGAUCGCCGCUCAAGAACAUGUCAAUGUCGAAGACGCCGACGGUGUUGAUGUCCGUAUCCUUCCUGUCGCCUGGUCUCCUCAAUCUAGCUUUGAUGCUUCUGCACAUCCCACUUCUUACGGGCCUGUACUCGACUUACAGUCUCUUGCUGCCAGCCAACGUCCAUGGCAGUAUGCAUUCGGUGUAGAGAAUGAUCAAGGAGAGGUCUUUGUCCGCGCUUUUGUCGCUGCUAAACAGGCUGCCGCUAAUCAUCACUGCAAUUGCCACUCAACAUCUGGAGCAACGAGACCUACCACAACUCCUCGCCUAUCAACCAAGGAACACCAUCAUGUCGCUGUGGGUGGCACUUUUGAUCAUCUGCACAUUGGUCACAAGCUCUUACUCACUAUGACCGCCUUUUCCCUUGAUCAAACUCAGGCCGAGUCUAUCAUCACCAUUGGCAUCACAAACGACGAGCUGCUCAAGAACAAAAAGUAUGCUGAGCAACUGGAAAGCUGGCCUGCCCGUCAAGCAUCAGUUCACCGUUUCCUCGAUGCGAUCUUGAACUUUGCCUCUGCCGACGCCGCGGAUCCUGUCGUAGAAGAGGUGAAGGAGUCAGGCCCCAAUGGUCAUGCAAUCAACGUCAAGUAUCCGAACGGUUUGUGUGUCCGGUGCGUCGAGAUUUCAGAUCCCUUUGGCCCAACCAUCACUGAGAAGGACAUCUCCGCUCUCAUCAUCUCUGCAGAGACUAGGGCUGGUGGCAGUGCUGUCAAUGAAAAGCGCACUGAGAAUGGAUGGUCCAAGCUGGAAGUCUUAGAAGUCGAUGUUCUGGAUGCCAAAGAGUCCUCAAGUACUACAACACAGCAAAAUUUUGAGGGCAAGCUUAGUAGCACCGAGAUCAGGAAGAAGCAUGCUCAGAAGACAGCUUCACUGUAA